AUGAAACCUCAUGUGGUGAUAAUUUUGCUCAAGCUAAACAUCAAAUCUCAUGAACGAGCUCCAACAGCCCGCGAUUCCCGAAUUGAACGACGUGGACUAGCGCCGCCCAAUAUUCUCACAAUGGCGCCGCUUCUCUCCGGUCGACUCCUCCCGGUCCUGAGGUCUUCACCAACGACCUCGCUCGUGCAGCCGCUCGCGGCCCGCCUCGCAUCCGGCUCCCACUUCUCAACAUCCUCUCCAGCCUUCAACAAAGCACGCCGCGGCCUCCCAGACCUCCCCCCCAAGUCCUCCGCGCCCAAGUCCUCCCAGUCCUCCCAGUCCAACGACCCCCUCGCCGACUUAAAGUCCUCGCGCUCCUCCCACCCCUACGAUGCUACCAAGUCCUCAAUCGCCCAGCUCAUCGGCGCCGACAUGACGACCGCCUUCUCCAGCCUGGAAUUCUCCCCGAAGCUUCUACGCGUGCCUGUUCGCUCCGCUCCUUCGACGGGCCGUACCGUUCACGUCAGCGGACCGGUCAAUGCCGCGAGGGCUUUCGCCAUGGUGAACCAACGAUGUACGCAGAACCGUAUCGCCGCGAUUGCCAACCAGCAACGAUUCUACGAGAGGCCCGGUCUGAAGAGGAAGAGGCUAAAGAGCUCCCGGUGGAGGGCGAGGUUCAAGAAGGGAUUCCAUGCUACGGUUGUGAGGGUGCAGGAGUUGGUCAGGCAGGGAUGGUAA